GCUGCCAAAGUCCAUUCACCCCUUUAAUAAAAUUUCUUCAAAAACUUCCUUCCUAAGCUCCUCCCUCCCUUCACGAGCACACCUCAAUAUAAUUCUCAGUAUCCAUUUCCAUUUACAUUUUCUCUAAAAAGCCAGACAGAUCCGAAAUCACCAUAACUCCCUCACUCUCCAUCUCUACGAUGCUAACCAAUUGAGAUCGGCGGACUCGCUCUGUAACCAAAGUUGACUCAGCACUCUUCAACACGACCGACUCAAUAAUUCCAAUGGGAGCAGUGCCUUCUACGCCGCGUCUCUCCGGCGCUCGCCCUCAGGACACGGCCGAUUAUUUGAUCGGUUCAUUUGUCGGUGAGAAGACGUUUCCUAUAGGUUCUGACUUCUGGCAGAAACUUCUCGAACUCCCUCUCAAUCUCCACUGGCCUACUCACCGUGUUCAAGAAGCCUGCAAGCUCUUCGCACAAAAUAAUUGUAAUACAAGGCAUCUAACGAAGAUUCUGAUUCACUUAUCGUGGUGUUUGCAAGAGUGUGUUUCGAAUUCCGGUGCCCCGUCGGAAGUUUAUGAUAAGGCUGUUAAUGCGGUGUACAUUUCAUCAGUUUUUUUAAAGUAUUUAAUCGAAAAUGCUCGAAGCAAUAGCAUCGAGGAAUUUCAUUUGUCAUUGAAUGAGAGCGAACCAGCAUCGAAUGGUUUCAAAACAGAUCAAAACAUCGAGAGUCUUGUCAUGCAUAAUGUGCUUAACUUUAUUGGUUCCGUAGAAGUAAGUCCGAAGACAUACCUUCUACAUCACGAGUUACUGAAUUUCAUGCUUGUUGCAAUGUCAACCCAACUUCUCUACGGGCCAGCACCAGGACCAACUGAUAUGAACCCUUUUAUUGAUGCAGCAAUGGCUCAGGAAAGUUCUUUGGUUGGUUUGGUUGUUCGGAGAUUGCUACUUAAUUAUAUAACACGACCUCGUAUCCCAUAUAACAGCGCAUCAUACCCACUGUUUUCUGGCGGGAGUCAGCCUGGAGUUUUGCAAAGAGUUAGUUCUGCAGCUGCCACUCUUGUUUUAUUGCCAUUCAAUUAUUUGGUCAGUUCAACUGGUGAUGGCUCAAGAAAUCCAUUGGCAGACGGCAGUCUUAAUGUGCUGCUUAUACUUAAUUAUUAUCAUAAGUGUGUUGUGGGUGAUGAGUCCCUGACAGACAGAAGUGAUGACAGUGCCGCUUCAGAUUCUCUUUCCAAAGGAAAAACAUACUUCUCUGACAAUCCUUACUGCAGAGCCUUGGAAAAUGCAAGGGAUAUAGAAUUUGAUCGUGUAGAUAUCGAGGGGAACGCGCACAGUGGGUCACAUGUGAGAUUGCCAUUUGCAUCUCUGUUUGAUACUCUUGGCAUGUGCUUGGCUGAUGAAACUGCAGUCCUAUUGCUUUACACAUUGGUGCAUGGAAACUCUGACUUUUUGGAGUAUGUUUUAGUGCGAACGGAUCUGGAUACAUUGUUAAUGCCAAUUCUGGAAACGCUGUACAAUGCUUCAAAGAGGACGUCCAAUCACAUAUACAUUUUGCUGAUUAUACUUCUUAUACUUAGUCAGGAUUCAUCUUUUAAUGCAAGCAUUCACAAGAUAGUACUGCCAAGCAUUCCAUGGUAUCAAGAACACCUUCUUCAUCGAACAUCUCUUGGUUCCCUAAUGGUCAUAAUUCUUAUAAGAACAGUGAAGUAUAAUCUAUCUAAGCUGCGGGAUCUCUAUCUUCAUACAACUUGUCUUGCAACUUUAGCAAACAUGGCUCCUCAUUUUCAUCAUUUGAGUGCAUAUGCAUCACAGAGACUUGUUAGCCUAUUCUAUAUGCUCUCACGCAAGUAUAACAAACUUGCAGAACGGAUAGAUGAUAAAAUGGGGAAGAGUGGCUCUUUGGGGCAAGACAGCCUUGCUGAAGAUCUGUCAGCAGAAUUGCAUAUUUACACGGACUUCUUGAGAAUUGUCCUCGAAAUAUUAAAUGCAAUUUUGACUUAUGCCUUGCCACGCAAUCCUGAGGUUGUAUAUGCAAUAAUGCACAGGCAAGAGGUUUUUGAGCCAUUCAAGAAUCAUCCACGCUUCAGUGAACUGAUUGAAAAUAUUUACAUGGUUUUAGAUUUUUUCAAUAGUCGUAUCGAUUCCCAAACACAUGAUGGUGAAUGGUCAGCGGAGAAAGUCCUCCAACUCAUAAUUAUGAAUUGUCGAUCAUGGCGGGUUGAAGGCAUGAAGAUGUUUACUCAAUUGCAUUUCUCAUACGAACAAGAGAGUCACCCAGAGGAGUUCUUUACACCAUACAUUUGGCGUGUUGCUUUAUCUCAACGUGGACUGAGCUUUGAUCCCAGUGCCAUAAAUCUGUUUCCAGUUGAUCUGCCAAUAGAGAAACCAAAUGAUGACGGGGAUGAUCAAAGUAAAUUUCAAAACAUGAAUCUGAAUGAACACAGGGUACUGCUCGACCUGUAGUGGGUGCAGCAUUAUAUAUCUCCCCAUUAAUGUUCAUACUUAGUGGUUAUGUAAAUAGUACAAAAUACAUGAAGUAGUGGUAAUGUAUUCUUCUCAUUCUUUCCUGUUUAUAUGCUUGGAACACUGUA